UGGAAUUGCUUCUCUCAUUUAUGAAUAAGGAAAGAGGUUUGAGCCUGCAAGCUAUGGCAUUAAAAUGUCUCUGUUUCAUUUUAGGCAAAGGAAUGUAUCAGUUCCCUGCCAGUUCAAAUAUGACUCUAAAGUUGCUUGGUCUUAUAAAUCAGUCUGAUUUUCCACCAGCUUUGCAUUUUGAAGCCCUAAGAGCUUUUUGCAAGAUAUUGCCGCCCAACCUAGAUACAAUUCCAUGCACAGAGAUCCUCACUAUUUUCUCCAAGUUCAUACAAAUUGUCGAGUUCAGAAUACUAUCCCCAAUUAUCUCAGAGAGGGUUUUCGCUGUUCAUGUAUUAGCUAGUAUUUUUGACAAACUUUUGGGAACACUGAAAGAUGCAGCAGAUGGAAUUAGUUCAAUUGUUGCAUUUAACAUGAUUACUUUCACAGUCGGUCGCGUCUCCCAACUAAUAAAGUUAGUGCUAGAGAAUCCUCAUCCAGACACGGAGGUGGAGCAGGAGAUAAACAGUUUACUCCUUAUUUUAGUUAAUCUGGUUGAAGGACAUCGAGAUCUCUCUGGUAUUGUACUGGAUAAGAGCUGCAUAGUUAUUGAACAUGUGGUCAGCAUGCUCAAUGAAUUCACCGGCAUGACACAUUCAAGCUCAAAAGAUUACCAUAUAACAGAUCUUGACAGAGAGAACCAUACAUUAAUUGCAUCCAGAGUUUUGGUUUAUGCAUCCCAACUUCUGAUAACUUGCUUUGAGUGCUGGAUGUUUCCACUGCUGGUGCCACCCAAGUCUUUAACAGAAUGGAGCACCUGGUUGAGCACGUGCACCAGUGCAACUUACUUCCUACUUAUAUCCGCCUAAUAUAUCACCUCUUAUUGCACUUCCAUGCUGCAUAUCAGUGUAUGUGGCUGGAGAUAGGGGAAGAUAUGGUUUCUAAUAGGAAUUUCCGCCUAUCUCGUUGUAGUUCUUUCUCACAUGAUGGUUCUCUUUCCCAGCAUGAAAUUCUUAUUAUUGAUUGUGUGAAAGAAAUUCUGUAUAAAAAAGAUUAUUGGUCGUCUUAUAAGCUUGGAAAAUAUGUUGCAUGUCGUGGUGCAUGGUUGGUAGCUGCCUACAUAUUUAGAGAAUUAAUACCUAUGGUUCAAUCUGAUAUCUGUUGUUCUUGGUUGAAAUCCAUAGCCCAUCUUUCAGAACUGGAAAGGCAAGUCCAGUUGCUUGGGAUUACUCUUUCUGGAAAUACUGCUGGGAAAAUUAAGACAAUUAAUCACAUUGAAAAUGUUGUCGGGGCCUGCAACAAGCUUUGUUCUUUAGAGAAAGCUUUUGAUGCCUCUGUUUCUGGUCUUACUUAUAGUUUCCAGAGAUGGUUUAUUACUUUAAGAUCAAAGGUUGUUAAAACUGUAGCAGAUUUACUUAAAUUAUUAAGCAUGAAUUCGUUUUCACAAGAAGCCACCACAAGUACUAAACAAAUAGAGGAAAAGAUUUUGUUUCAGCACUUGGAAUCUUCGCAAGGACUCAGCUCUUUGUUGCAAUUGCUUGCCCACACUUCUUCCCAGUUCAUGAGGCUAGUAAAGGAAUUUGAUCUCUUAGCAACAUCAUGCAUUGGCAUGGACAGAAAAAUUAUGAAGAUAGUUUCUGACCUUGGAUUAAGUUGUUCGCUCUUAGCCUUCAGUACCGGAUUAGCAUUUUGUUUUGCCAGUUCCAAUGCUAAACAAGACUGUAGUAUAUAUGGUCUUGAAACCUCAGAGGAGCAAUUUCGUACUCUGCUGGUUCAUGACUUAUUAAGGAGACUGGGGUAUAUAGACUUAGAAACUAGAAAAAAUCUGCGGCAGCUUUUGAAUUUCUGUCGAAGCUCUAGGAGUUGCUCAGUGCAAGAAUUCCAAAAUGAAUUAUCUACUACUCGUGUUGAAGCAAGAGAUGUUUCUAAGCUUUGUAGAUAUUUCGUUUAGAGAUUUCUUAAUUUGCAAGCAAGUACCGUACAUGACAAUACUGGUAUAUCCCGAGCUCCUCAUGAUGCUCUGCAAUUGCUGUUCAACAUUAUUUCCUAUUGGAUACAGAUCCCUUUUCGGACUCCGAAACACUUUUUCCAAUUCAGGUCCCCCAUUUCUGCUGAGCUUUUCAUAACAAAUGAAGAUGGUAAAAGGAUGGAUGAUAUAUCUGUCUUGUCAGGCUUUGAGAUCCCUCUAACUCUGUGCAUUCAACUAAGAAAUAUAUCUCCAGACCAGCUGUCUCAGGUGUCAAAAUUGUACUGCAUCCUUCACUCACGAACAUCCUUCCAAGUAUUUAGUGCAAACGGGGAUAAGAAAGUACCAGAGUCCAGCUGUCAAGCUUGGAAAAGUGAUCACAUGGUAGAACUUAAUGACAAGCUAUUGCACUUUACCACAGGUUCUACCAAGAGGGGUGGAUUACAUGCUAUGGAAAGUGCUGAAGGGAUUUAUGCCGUGGAUAAAGUUGUAUUUUUUUAUCCUAAUGAGAAAGGGCAAGGAUUUGCAGCCUGCUUGCUAGAUGUUUCAGAAUUUCCUGUGGGUUCUUACCAAAUCAAAUGGCACAGCUGUUGUAUAGACAAUAAUGGAACUUACUGGAGCCUUAUGCCCCUGAACACUGAUCAGUUCUUCAUCGUACAUGAAUCUUCUAAUAUUGGUCAUGUUGUUAGGGUGCCAUAGACUGCAGUUCUUUAGUUAGAGCCAGAAAGAAGUUGUUAAUAGAUAUAUUUAUUGGCAGUUUAUUAUAAUAGAAGAGUGAGAUAAGAUACUGUUUGACAUGUCUGUUUAUUGGAAAUAUUAAUUCAACACUGAGGGCUCUUUGGACUUUUCACAAAUAUUAGCAACUCUACGUGUCUUUCAACGCUGCGUUCCAACAGCCACCACAUCCCUAUCCCUUGACCUUUGUUUAUUUGGCCUUCCCAUUGAGAUCUGACAGUAAAAUCCUCUGCUCAAUUCAUCUAGAAUUAUGUUUGUGCAUUGUCUUUUCCGGUCGGACGUAGUGCUCCGGUUAGCAUUUCUUCUCUGAUAUUUGUUCUUAUUUUCUGUUGUUUGUAGGCCUGUAAUUUUUCUGUU